UGAUCUUGAAUUGCUUACAGAUACUCUUCCUGCUUGGUUUAAGUUGGUUAUUGCUGGAUAUCUUAUUGCUUCCAGUGCGUCCCAGCAAACCUCAUACUAAUAUACCCCCACAUUAAUCUCAUGGCAUACAGUUUAAAAGAGUGCAGAGUUGUUCUGCACCAGCUCUCUGAUGCUGCAGUCAGGAGUGGCUGGUGCCCUGAGCAGAGUCUCAUUCAAGCAGCAACUGACGUGUGCAAAGUCAAGCCUGAAGCAAUGGAGGGCAGCAGCUCAUCCCUACCCUCCAUCAUGACAGUUUACAUCAAAGAGGAGCCUGAAGAUGAGGGAGAGGACAUAACUGUGAAGGAUGAACCACUUUGCAGUGAAGAAUAUGAGCAAACUCCACUUCCCUCAUCUUGCAAGCCAUGCAAGAAAGAGGUUCAAGUUGAGGCUCACGAGGCCUGCACCAGCGCCUCACAGUACACUGCUGCAGUGCCUCAUAAGCAGGAUGUCUUGCCUUGCAAUGCCCAGAGCAACAUUGGACAGGAUGAGUGGAUGGCAGUUUCUCCUGAAAACAAGGAAAAAAAUAUUUCUGUUGCUGAGAAAAAUAUUUAUCCAGUGUCCAAUAGAGCAGCUUUAGUCCAGGAAGUUCUCUUUGAUCAGCCUGUGGCUGAGUUUAAGUCUUUUGAGUCAAACUUGUCCAACAAAGACAAUGGAAGGUUAGCAGAGGAAUUGCAUAAAGUUUCCUCAUUGACUGAUUCAUCCCAUUCUGAAGUUCCUUUUAAUGCCCUCCAGUUAAACAAGAAUGAUUUUGGAUCUGGAUUUAAAUGCAAGUUAUGCAACUAUGUAACAGCUAAGAAUCAAAUUCUCCAUAGGCACUUGUUUGCAAAACAUGGUUUGGGGGAAGGAUUCAAAUGCAAUUUAUGCGACUAUGUAACUGGCGAACAAAGACAAUUCAAAGUACAUAUGUUCUCUAAACAUGGUUUAGGGAAGAGAGUAAAAUGUGAUCUGUGUGACUAUGUUACUACUCGAAAAGACAAUUUCCAACGUCACCUGUUUGCAAAACAUGGUUUGGGGGAAGGAUUCAAAUGCAAUUUAUGCGACUAUGUAAUUGGUAGACAAACACAACUCAAAGUACACAUGUUUUCUAAACAUGGUGUAGGGAAGAGUGUUAAAUGUGAUCUGUGUGACUAUGUAACAGCUCGAAAAGAAAGUUUCCAACGUCACCUGUUUGCAAAACAUGGUUUGGGGGAAGGAUUAAAAUGCAAUAUAUGCGACUAUGUAACUGACAUACAAACACAACUCAAUGUACACAUGUUCUCCAAACAUGGUUUAGGGAAGAGUGUAAAAUGUGAUCUGUGUGACUAUGUUACUGCUCGAAAACAAAACUUAGAACGUCACCUGUUUGUAGAACAUGGUUUGGGGCAAGGAUAUAAAUGUGAUCUGUGUGACCAUGUUACUGCUCAAAUACAAAAUUUCCGAAAUCAUUUGUAUUCUAAACACGGUUUGGGGAAAGGAUUCAAAUGCAAGUUGUGUGAUUAUGCUGCUGGUAGUAAAGAUCGCCUCAGCAGGCACGUUUUUUCAAAGCAUGGUUUGGGAGGCUUGAAAUGCAAGCUAUGUGAUUAUUCUGCACGUGAUGAACCUCGUUUGAAUGAGCACUUGUUUUCUAAGCACGGGCUGGGUAAAGGAUUUCAAUGCAAGCUGUGUGAUUAUGUCAACUGUAGAAAAUAUGGCCUUGAUAGCCACAUGUUUUCUAAACAUGGUUUAGGGAAAGGAUUCCCAUGUGAGUUUUGUGAUUAUGUUGCUGGUAGGAAAUGUCAUCUGACAAAGCACCUGAAAUCAAAACAUGUUCUGGAUUAUGAAAAAUCUAAUAGUACAAGUAGUGCUACUAUGUCUGCUGACAACCCAACCUAAGCUUUGUUGAGGGGUUUGGUAAAAUUCAGUUUGUGUGUAAAGGUUGCAGCUGGUAAAUAUCAGAUGAAAUGUGUACUGAUUUAUAGCAGUUAUUUGGUUGAAGUAUUCCAUAUUGAGUUUUCAUGCCACAAUCAAAAUUUGAAUGAGACUUGCAAACUAUGCACCUUCCAUGGCAAGAAAUCAAGGUCUUGAUGCUCUGUAAUCUGGUCGGCCUUCUCAUUUUGUGCUGGAAUUUUUAAUUUUAAAUAGAAUCUUAUUUAGAUGAGAAAAUGUGAGUGAAGCAGAUCAAUUAUUCUGCUCUUAUAAUCGGUACGUAGUUCAAUACAUUGAAAUUUUCAAGAUUAUUUGAAAUCAAGUACAUGAUCAUUUUCAUUACUCAGUUGGGGGAAGGGCCUCUCCAGUAAUAAACUUCUUAGUGGCAACAAUAGUAGCGUCCACUUGUAGGCUACUUAUUUAAAGUUGCCAGAUUGAAAUAUCAUUUACCAGGUUGAAUUUAGUUGAGGUUUGUGAUAAUGAUUUCUUGAUGUAAAUUUUAGGAUUACAUAUUUAACUUUGCAUUUAAGUUACCCAAUCUUCAGCUAGAGAUAACACCUACUCCUGGAGUUGGAAGAUAAUAUGUCUAAGAUAUUGUACUGAUGAUAAAAUACAUGAGAUUUCAUCUCAUAAUAAUAUGCAUUCAAAAAUUACUUUU